GAUUUGGAGAAACAUUAGAGAGAGAAAAAAGAAAGUGUUGAUAAAUGAUAUGGAUGCGUUCACCACCACCAUUGGAUCUUGCAAUCGGUAAAGAUCAACUCGAUGAACCAACCGUUCGUUGCAGCUCCUUCUUCGCCAUUUCUUCUCUUCUUUUUUCUCCUCGCCGGCGCUGUUUCCCCGCCGGCUCUUCUCAUUCCGUCGAACUUGAAGUGAAUUGGAGUGGCAUCAAUCGUAAAAACGCUUAAAAUUGAAGGUCAUUUUCCAACCCACGUUAUCUUUCUCCUUUUUCCCUUCCCUUAUCAAAAUUCAGAUUCCCAUUUUGCCAUUUCAAUCUUUCAUUCUCCUGUUCCUGCUGAUUUUUUUUUGUCCAACACUUUCACCCGCUUGGAAUUUCUAGGUUUUGCCCCUCUGGGCAUGUUACUGAAUCGUUUGUGUGUUUUUCGGGAUUGAAUUUGGACUCUGAAUCGGUUGCUUUUACUUGGUUUCCAGCUUCUUUUGUGUUAUUGGGCGGGGUUGAUUAAUUCUCCUUUUCUUUUCUUGGUAGAACUAUCAUUUUCGGAAUUUUAAAUUCGAGAGCUUGUAUUGUGAAUUGUGAAAUGUGAGUUAUCUGUUUUUCAUCGAGAAUUUGUUUGGUGAGGUUUUUCGAUCAUCUGUCGUAUUUGGUCAAUCAAAUUUUUGGGGUUUUCUUUUUCUUGGAUUUUUUCUUGGGUUCUUUGUUAAAUUCAGCGUGUUCUCGGCCUUCCUAUGUGAUUCUAUAAGAAAUGCCGGACUCCAAUUUCCAAGACGCGAUGUACGGUUCCGGAGUCAUGAACGACGGUGGCCGGGAUUUGGGUAACAUUCAGAACAGAGUGGACGAUGAAGAUGACGACAUCAACGGUGGGGAAGAGUCCAUAGACAAUCCUCAGAUGCGGUUCGAAGACUCUGGGGGAAUGAGCGGCUCGGUCUCAGUAAUUAGCCGAGUUGAGGACGUUGUUCCUUCGACGUAUGUUUCCGGCUCUGAUUACAAUCCUUUGACUGGAAACGGCGGUGCUGACCAACUUACGCUGUCGUUCCGAGGGGAGGUUUACGCUUUUGAUUCUGUAUCGCCGGACAAGGUACAAGCCGUGCUUUUGCUUUUAGGUGGAUAUGAAAUUCCUUCAGGUAUUCCUGCAAUUGGAAGUGUUCCCGUCAACCAACAGGGUGCCGAUGGCUUUCCUGUCAGGUCGGUUCAACCACAAAGAGCUGCUUCAUUGAGUAGGUUUAGAGAGAAGAGAAAAGAAAGGUGUUUUGAGAAGAAAAUUCGCUACAGUGUGCGAAAAGAAGUAGCGCUCAGAAUGCAGCGGAAGAAGGGACAGUUUAUAUCCUCUAAAGCUAUUGGAGAUGAAGUGGGCUCAUCUUCAGUUUUGUCUCAGACGUUGGAUUCUGGACAAGAUGAUGGCUUGUUGGAGACCUCAUGUACACAUUGUGGAACCAGUUCAAAAUCUACUCCAAUGAUGCGUCGUGGGCCUGCUGGUCCAAGGACUCUGUGCAAUGCAUGUGGGCUCAAGUGGGCCAAUAAGGGAAUUUUGAGAGAUCUUUCCAAGGUUUCAAACCCUAGCAUUCAAGAACCCUCUGCGAAAGAGAUUGAACAGAGCGAUGGCGAGGCUGCUAAUGAAUCCAAUGCUGCAAUUAAUGUGGAUAUUCUCACUUCUAAUGGAGAUAAAAAACCACAAAAGGUACUCGUAGAUGUACAAAAGUUGAUUAACUGACUCUCUGCCAAGUAGCCUACUGGUUGAAGUUGGAGCAUUUGAGUAUUCCAACUAAAUUAUAUGGAAAUUCUCCAUGCUCUUCUCUGUGUGCACUUUAGAGAGUAUAAAGGACCAACAGCAAUAAAAGAAUUGAUUCUCCAAUCAUGUAGCUGAAAAUAUAGAUGGAAUUUUCAAAGGGUGGGGUGCUCAUUGAUUUUGCACUCUUCAAUGACUUUUUGGUCAAAGUAGAAGAAGAAGAAGAAGAAGAAGCUUCUCAGUUACAAGAAGAAGCUCUGAUCAAAAGGCUCAUGAGUUGAUGAUAUGAAAUUAGUAAGUUACCUUAUUCUUCUUCUUCUACAAUGUUUGGUUAAAGAUGUAUGCAAUCUUCCCCCAUGUAUAAGUGCAAUUAAAUGCUUCAGAUCAUACAUUUUUUUUCUUCUUCUCAUUUUUACAUCCUUCCAUUUUCAUUUUUUUCUUACAGUCUAGAAGUAAAUAAAUAUAUUUUAGAGUAAUUUUCUGACCUCAUAGGAGGGGUAGUUUACUUACUUUGUAAUUAAGGCUAAGGCAAUACUUAUAUUUGCUUCUCAUCUUUCCCACACGAUAUAAUCUAGAAGUAAAGAAGUUAAGAUGGUCUGUAGAGGACUGACGAAGGUGGUUUAGCUACAUCAGGAGUUUGUUUCCCCAUGGGGUUUGUAUUUAAAUAUUGUCGAUUUGUCGAUAUAUACGUUAUCAUUGAUGUGUAUACGUAUAUUGCUAACUAAAAUAUUGACAUCUAUGUUUUGAUUA